AUGACCAGCCGCGAUGAUUCUCUAUCUUUCUCCACCCGCAACAUGAAGCUCGCCAUCUUCACUCUCGCCCUCGCCUCGCUCACUGUCGCCUCCCCCGUCGAGGCCGAGAAGCGCGCCGCGCCGAAGACUAACGACCUGGCUGAGCGCGACGCGGAGAAGCGCUACGAUGGCUGGGUGUACGGCACCGGCGGCCCGUGGAACGCUUGCAACUUCCGCGACCGGUCGUACGACCACCAUCGCUGCAGCAUCGACUGCUGGAACCGCGGGUUCAACUACUACGACCCGACCGUGAUCCCCUCGUGCUGCUGCUGGGGCUACCGGUGA